AAGCAGCAGCAGCAGCAGCUGGCCUAUAAUUAAAACGAAAACCGCCACAUUGCACUCCAGCUAGCUAGCUAGUACUACAGAUGGAGUACCAGAGAACACACACUGUUCAGCCAGAUCAAAUCGAGAUAGAGUUCCAAGAGGAGGAGUUAAGCCGAAUUGAAGAAUUGAAAAAACCCUAUGAAUUUGCAAUGGAGGAUAACUGGGAAGGCGUGAAGGAAUACUACAAGGAGAAUCCGGAAAAAUUGCUCAGGCCAAUGACGCUGGAUGGGGACAAUGUACUUCACCUUGCGGCUUCUUGCGGAAGCAAAUCACAAGGAAAAAGAGUCCUCGAAUAUUUGGUUAACAUAAGCGAAAAUUCAAGCAGCUAUGAAAAGAGAAUCUCUUUGAGGGUUCAGAAUAAUGACGGAAAUAAUGCUCUUCACCAGGUGGGUGUGUCCGGCAGUGUGGAAGCGGCAGAGUUCUUGGUGAGCAAUUUCAACGAGCCUGUCAAAGUCAGUUUUACUAUUGAUGAUGGAGACAAUGAUGCGCAGCCUUUGCUGUGGACUCGAAACCAUUUAGGAGAAACUCCGCUCUACAGAACUGCUGCUCUUGGUCACACUGACUUGGUCAAGUUUUACGCUGCCAUACUGGAGACGGACAAUCCAUACGUUCUUCCGAUGCAGUUCAAGAGAAAUGACAACAUGUCCAUUCUUCGUAUGGCUGUCAUCGCCCAACAUUUUGAGACUGCUCUUUGGUUACUAGAGAACUACAAUUUUCUAGCACAACAGAGAGACGAUGAAGGAUUGACAAGCCUUCAAUUGUUAGCCCAAAUGCCAAGAGCCUUUGUGCCACAGUUUCAACAGAGCCAAUGGAAGAUGCUCAUUUAUCAUUGCCUUCCCGGUGGAGGAGAUGUGGUCACACCAAAUCAGAAGGAUGAUAUGGAGAGCAACAUGGAUAGCAACCAUCCCCGUCAAUCCAUCUUUCGGAACAAGCUUGCAGCUUUUGCUGCGAAGGCAUACUAUUCACUAUGGGACACACUUGCUAAAGGAGGCCUGCAGGGCGGCAUAAUAUAUAAAAUCUGGAAGGACAAGAAAAACAAAAAAUCACUAGAGAAACUCAUCCCGAUACUUGUCAAGUCGGACUAUUCUUGGUUACGUAAUAGCAGGAAACCAAAAACCAAGACCAUUUAUCUGGGGUCAGUGAAAGAUGAUGACGGAGGAAAAAAAGAAAAGGCAGCCGCACAAACAACUAAAACGGAUAUGGGAAAUGGCGAUGACGGAGGAGAAAAAGAAAAGGCAGCCGCACAAACAGCUAAAACGGAUAUGGGAAAUGGCGAUGAGGGAGUAAAAAAAGAAAAGGUGGCCGCACAAACAGCUGAAACGGAUAUGGGAAAUGGCGACGAUGGGGGUGAAAAAGGAAAGGCAGCUGCAGAAGCAAUCCAACCGGAUAAGGGGGCAACCAAUAAAGUUUACAACUCAACCCCAUUGCUUAUAGCAACCGUCACAGGAAUUGUUCCCAUUGUGAAGGCGAUACUUAAGCACCAUCCUCAAGCGGCCGAGCACGUUAACUAUAACGAACGCAACAUUUUGCAUUUGGCAAUUAAGUACCGUCAGAAACCGAUUCUUAAUCUUAUCAGAAGCAAACCAACUGUAUUGUCGAGGCUGAAUGAGAGGAUCGACUGCGAUGGAAACACCAUACUGCACCAGGCUGCAGAUAGGAGUUACUACACUAUAGCACUGUCUCAGAAUUUAAUUGGUCCUGCCAUGCAGUUGCAAGCAGAGCUGCGCUGGUUUAUGCGUGUGGAAGAGAUACUACCGCCUCAUUACAGCAUGCACCACAACAAGAAGGAACUCACAGCAGAGGAGCUGUUCUACUAUGAACAUAACGAGCUUCUGAAAUCGGCACAAGAGUGGAUAAAAGAAACGGCUCAGUCAUGCUCAACCGUGGCAGUGCUAGUGGCCACUGUGGUCUUUGCAGCUGCCUACGCCAUCCCCGGGGGUAAUGAUCAAAAUGGCCGUCCUAUUUUCCAGGACGAUCCUCUCUUUUUGCUCUUCACUUGCAUGGACGUUGUGGCUAUCGCCUGCUCAUUGUCUUCAGUGGCUUUUUUUCUCUCUGUCCUCUCCUCUCCACUCGAGUAUCCGCUUUUCAUCAGCAGCCUUCCUCGCAAGAUCAUGACUGGAUUCGUCUUGCUCUUCUUGUCCAUGGCAACAACCAUGCUUGCCUUUGCCGCCACCAUUUUGCUCUUGAUUCGUGUCGAGAAGAAAUGGACCAAGUCUUUACUUUACCCCAUUGCCUUUUUCCCAGUCCCUCUCUUCGGCCUACUGCAGUUUCCUAUGUAUCAUUCUUUCAGAGUCAUGUUUCAGAAAAUUGAUGCCUGGGUUUUGAACCCCUUCCGCUGCAUUCUCAGCUUUUCCAAGAAGAGAUCAAUAUGGGGCAAGCGUAAGGUGCAUUGAAUCACAUAUGUUUUUCGUCGGCGGCGCAGAAUGUGUGGUUCAAAUUCACAAUCUUGCCGCAUAAGUUAUUGUUGGAUUUGAGUUAUCAUUUGAAUAUUUCAGUUGGUUUCUUCUUCUUUUGUCCCCAAUAUAAUGUCACAAUUUUAUUGUGUAUUCGUUUAAAAUAUCGAGAAAUUAGAAAGAGCAACGUGUUCCCUUCUCUGCACUCAAGUUUUAAU